AUGCAUGAUGCUACAGAUGGCGUCCAUCAUGGAAUUGCGAGAACGAUCGACAUUUAUAGACUUACAUUUUCUGUUCCUAUUUAUGUAACAACAACAACAUCUGGACUUGCAUGUUGUGCUGGAGAAUCAGCUAUCAAGUGGAUCAGCACGAAUUUUUGUCAAGAGGGCGUUUUCAUUCCACUGCACAUCGGUGACUAUGUGUUUAUUGGUGAAAACAGUGUAGUCACCGCCGCCCAAGUGGGCUCGUACGUCCGUAUUGGCCAAAAUUGCGUAAUCGGAAAGCGCUCAGUCGUCAAAGACUGUUGCGUGUUUAAGGACAACACCGUGUUGGAGACAGAAGCGGUGAUUCCGUCUUUCUCCAUUGUCGCCGGACAACCAGGAAGAAUUGUUGGCACGCUCCCAGAUGGUGCUCAGCAACUAAUCACCGAGGCCGCCAGAAUCUUUUACAACAAUUUUAAAAGCAGAGAGCAGGACAAGAAAGUCACUUGA